AUGGACAUUCCUCGCGGCCACGCAGCGAUGCCACUCACAGAAGCCGACUUCCUAGACUUCAUCUACAACUACUUCAAAGCCGAGUACUACCCCAUCCGCUCAUUUUGGUCUACAGCAACUGCUUUCCCAAGACAAACCGAACGAUGGAUUUCCAUGGGCCAUGAACUCUCACCGCUUGUUGUCCGACCCGCAAACGCGCAGGCGCAAAAAGAUUUGGAAUCUCUGGACUACUUUACAAGAAAAUGGAACCUCGAUGCUGGAUUCGUAAGAGGCUUGGUUAUUCGGUUCGCAAAGUACGAGUUGCACGAAAGACUGGAGAAGAGGCUGUAUGAAUGCGCAAGACUAGACUUGAUGGUGAGGAAGGCGCUGAAAGAGAAGCAUUUAAUCGACGCAUUAUGGCCGAGUCCUGCACCACGGAAUAUCGCGAAAGAUCUGUUGCAGCAGGGUGUGCAAGCACGUCAAUGGUACGGCGACAUGUUCAACAAGUAUUUCCGCGUCCUACAGUCUAUCGACUCGUUCCAACUCCGCCCGGAAAUCGAUCAUCACAUCAAGAAUAGUGGGAGGUUGAUGUUGAUUCCCUUUGUGGACCAUCUCAUAUUCGGAGCCGUAGAUCCUAUUAUACCAAUCGUGGCGAAAGGAGCAGGCUAUGCAAAUGCUAAAGGGAGAGGGAACGACAGAAAUACGCCAGGCUUCGGUGAGCCAGGGAAGUUUGAGAUCAGGUUCGAUGCACCGACCGAGGUCACAGAUACGUAUACGAAGAGCGUUGUACGGCAGUGUGAGUGUAUGAAGUGUGGCACGAAGCGAGACGUACAAGUCGUAAUAUCAGUGGACCCGAAUCCGAAUGCUGGAGCGAGUGCAGGCACAUCGUCUACCAGUCGACAGCGGGACACGGCGCCACCAAAUUCCAGAACCGCACAGAGAUACAGCCCAGGCUACCAGAUGCCUAACCAGAACGACCCAGCACCUCCCCGCCAACCCCCUCGGCCACAAGCACAACCACCCCAGGAACCCUCCCCAUCCCACCGUCCUUCGACACCCGACCUCAAAAAGCAAUGCCCACGCUGCACCUUCCUCAACGAUCCGGCCUUGACAGCCUGCGAAAUGUGCGAAGCCUCCUUGCCAGAAGCCACAAUUGCGAAACCGCCCAGUCCAGUGUCCAACAGAAAGGCUCCUUCGCACUCACACUCCGCAUCGCACCCACCACCCAACAAGCCUCGAAGCAGAGAAGAAGCACUGCGACAAGAACAAAGACCAGGCGCACCUAAUAGACACAGUCUGAGUCAAAGCCUCUUCUCCAUCUUCCCAUUUUCGCAGCAACAGCAGCAGGAGCAUCAUGCUAAGCUGCCGCCUACACAGCAGGUCGACACUUCUGCGGCUGUGAAAACAGCGCCUGCACCAAGGCAGGAGACGAGGAAAACAGAAGACCCCCGACCAGCAUCGAAAGAAAGCAACAACCCACGCGUCUCUCAUUCUCCACACCCACCUCCCCAAGCCGAACCAUCCUCUUCCCGUCACGCAGCAACCACACCCCCAAACCGCCCCUCCACCCCCCCACUAUCCAACCACCCCGAAAUGGCAAUGAUGCCCCUCUCCCCCUCCCCACCCUCAUCCUCGCAUCCGCGCCCCGCACCCGCCGGUCUCCCGAGUAACCUCAUGGACGACUUCGUCCCUGUGUCUCCUGCUUUUCCGCAAGACGACGAGGAUGAAGAUGCGGGGUGGGGGUCUAUGAGUAGGGAAGAGGCAAGGGGGCAGGAGAGUAGUAGUGAGGAAGACGAUGAUGGUGAGGGAGGAAGUGGCAGGGGGAAGGGGAUGAUUGAUUUGGAUGCUGUGGCGAGGGAGGAGGCUGAUGUUUGGGGGGAUAGGGAGGAUUGA